GGUUUCUUGAUCUCUAUUUUAUGCUAUUGAUAACAUGAACUAAAAGAGAAAUUUGUGUCUGAGAUUACUCUUGGUGCUCAUUGCAUGAUUGUGCAUGAAGCAAGGCCAUGUUUUCCAUCUCGAAAAAUCUCUUAUUCUCUCCUACACUUCUUGUGUGAAAAACAAGAGAUUACCGAAAUAGUAAAGGAAUGGGUGACCAUUAGAUUUGUCUUAGCAAUUGGUUGGAAUGUUUGGGUCAGGGAGCGGACAGCUGUAUUUGGGAGUAAAAGUUUCUGGCAUUACUAUGCUCUCAAUCCUGGGGAGUGUUAGCACAACCCUUGUUCACAGCAUAAGAUGAGUCUUUCUGUUUUCUGUCUUGCUAUUAUUACCUUUUGUUCUCUCAGACCAUGUCGCCAAAACAAAUAUUAGAAUGAUUUUUGGUUGUUAGCCUAUCAUUAAAGAGAGAAAUAAAACUUUAAUUAGAAAAGUGUACUCAAUAAAACUCAAUUUGUAGUUAUAUAGAAUUCAAAGGUGUGUUUCUUUUUCAUGCAUUUAUUGUGAUUUAGCUUUUGCACAUUAUUAUAUGAGGGCAUUAAGAUGCCAAUAUCUCUUUGCAAGUUAGCGAAGCGAGGACGAUUAACCAGAUGGUUUUAGUGAUAUAACCUGUGUCUUAGUUUGCAGGGUGCGUGGGAUACCACCCUAUUAUCAAAUUGUCACACAAUUAUUUAUCUAAAAAUUUCUAAGCUAGAACAAGGUGGCUGCAUCACUUGAACUUAGAAAAUGUUUUUGGAUGUCUUAACCUUCAUCUUCAAGUCCUUUGAUUUCUUGGUUGGAUCCAUUAAUGUUUCUGAUUAGUUAUGCUUAUACCAUUUACUUGUUUCAUCAUAGUUUGAUUUUCUAUUGAUGAGCUCUACUUGGUUGAGACCAUUCUUUGAUUUGAAUUGGAAUUGCUGCCUUUAUGUUCUAAUCUGUCACUUGUUUCUUCUCAUCUGUAUUUCCAAUUUUGAAAGGCAAACUAAAGUAUUUCCAAAUAAAAGAAAAAAUAGAGGGAAUUCGGAAAAAAUUAGUUCUCUUCGAUGUCAGGCAAUUUUCCAGGCUGUAGAACACGUGGAGAAAAUGGGGACACGUGGCUUUACUGGAAUUUUAUCCUUCCUGAGAAGUGCCUUUUUAAUCCCUCGUUUGCAUCGCAAACCUAAAUCUGAAGUGCCUCUCUCACAAAACAGGCAGAGGGAGAAUUUUCUUAGCCUUGUUGAAGGAAAAAACUAUUUACCAGUAUGGCAGACGAAAAUUCAUCGAAGCCGGUUCCUGAGCACUGGAAACUGGUUGCCGAGAAGAAACGCAAUGGGUCUGA